UGGAACUAGUUCCUUAACUGUGAUUUUUUUUCUAUUCUCAUUCUCACAUCCCAUGCUCAGAGGUACCAGUAAUUAUCAAGUGCAUUAUUAGCAACAAUAAAGUUGAUGUAGUCAGGAGGUACCAUAAACUCCAUUAAUAUAUGGUUUGUUAAGACAUCCUUUACUAUCAAAUAUGUCUAGAAUAUCAGCAAAGCUAAUGAGACAGAAGGGUACAAUGUUCAACAGCCAGUAAAAUGCGUUGGAAUCAUUUUAUAUCCCUUUUUACCAUGACAAGGCUGAAUGUUAAGAUGUCACUGUAUUAGUCAAUAACAUAGUUAUAGCUAGACAAACGUAAGCCUACGUUCAUAUUUGAAUAUGUUUCGACCUUUUUGAGAAAGGUUCCAAGAAACUUCAAUAGAGCAUGACUGCAUUGCACAUUUUGUGUAGUCUGAUGAAUACAGAACUCAUAAAAUUAUAAUAAUUCUGGGUUUGACUUUUUUCUGCUUUAUAAAAACAGCUACUUAGUGGCUAGUGUCAAAGAAAAUACCUUGGUCAUUUAAAAAUGUUCAUUUUCUCCAAAAUACCAAAAGAAUCAGUACUUUUUACAAAAUUAUGUAUUUUAAUAUAAAGCCAACUGAUGUUCAGAAAAAGGUAUUUUAAACUGCAGCUUUGUUUUCGUGACACUGUUCCCUCUAUAACUUAGCACAACUCAGUGAGGCAGUAUUUUUGCUGCAACAAGAUCAAGAAAAGCCCAUCAUCCACUUAUCAGAAACGUGCAAGGCCCUUUUACUCAAGUUUUACACAAGAAAACAAAUCUUGUUCCUCUCUUACUUCAAAUAAAAAAGGACACCAAAACAGCUCAGGGAAUUUUAACAAUGAUUUCUAAACAUGUAACAAGGGCAUCAGGCUGACUACGUCUAUCUAGGGAUGUAAGUGAGUAGCUGACUCGUCGACUAACCAAUAAGCGUAGGCUUAUCAGUCAAGUCAACUACUCGCAUUCCCCCCUACUUUGCUGCCUCUGUAUAAGAGGCAGCAAUGGGAGGAGCAGGAGCGGGCACUAGGGGGAUGGAGAGUUGGCUUAAAAGGAGGUUCCCCGGCGCCAUCUCUGUUGUGGUGCCUGUCGCCCCACCUCCACACUGCUGCCUCUAUCAAAUGGGACCCCCCGCAGAGAGGGGCUGCAGUUGGAGCAGCCUCUGCCCGCGGUCAGUCCAGCUACCCACCUGGUUCUUACUACAUUUAAACAGCACAGCCACAGUGGGAGUAGGUUCCAGACUCAACGUGACCCAGGACUGAGCCAGGCUACCUUCCUUUAUCGACUAACUGUGUAGCUGAUAAAAAUUCGAUCAACUAUUUGAUUAGCCAAUUAACUACAUCUUAACCUGCCUACUUCUAUCCCAAGCUGAAUUUGUAAUUUGAACUUUUGAAAAUCCUGAACAUGAGGACCCAUGCUUAAAACCAUCCUUAGAAGAAUAGUUAUAUAAUACUGCAUAGAAGUAGAGCAAUGAGUGGCAUUUUACAAUAAAAGAUCCUAAGUAUAAAAAUAUAAGUAAAAUUUAACACUUUGAACAUUGUGCAUAUGAACUUUGGUUUUGUUCUUUCAAAUGAGAAAUAAAGGUUUAAAACAUUUAUCUGGUUUUAGAACGUUCUUAAGACUUUCUUUCCAGUUAUAAUAGAACAAUUCUGACAACCGGCAGGUGGUGUUUGUGCAACUGUCAGCUAGUUCUCUGCCCCUGGAGAUGAAAUGCAGAACUCCACCUGCCUUACUGGGAUUUGGAAGUAAGACUGAGUCUCCAAAUCCACUGCAUCAUUAAGCUUAUUUCAUAGAAGAGGUUUUCAGCUGAACAACUAAGCAGCAGCAAGUUGAGGAUACCAAUGAAAUACAAAAGAUUAGGAGAGAAAUAGAACAAAGUAUAGGAAAAUUUUAGUCAAGAUUUCUGCUCAUUCAUUAACUAUUUUUCUAACUAUUUUUAAAUAUUUUUCUUGGCACUGUGAAAAUACUUUAAACUCUCAGAUAAACUCAACAACUGCUAUAGAUGCAUAGUAAAACAUGUUUAUUUGCUAUUUAAAAUUAAUCUUUGAAGCGGUGGCUCAAUGAGCAUUUGAAUCUAUAGUUCUAUCCUCCCUCAAAAACAAAGGGAGGGUAAAAUAAAAGAUAGAAUGAGCAUUAUAAAGUUCAUUAACAGAUAUGACGAAAAUAUUUAUGUCUAGUUUUGGUAAAGAAAAGGAACCAGCAAAAAUGGGGUUAAUUCUAGCCUUAAAAGGAAGCCUGUUCAACACCACUUCAAGUGAACACAAAUUAGAACGACCCUGGGAAUCUAUAAAGCCAUGUUUUAUUGCCAAGGAUCUGCAGUAAGAUCUGCAUUUGCUGUCAAACAAUGACAGUCAUUAUUUAGGAUGUUUAACAGAAUAUGCUUUUAUAUGGAUUUUUUGUUACUAAGUUGCUCAACAGGUGGCAUUCAAUGCAGCAUGGCAUCACCUAAAUAACAUUAAAAGUUUUGAAUGUCUGUAUAGCUGAAAUUAACAUAUCCACUAACAGUGUAUCUGAAUAUAAACCAGCCUUAUGGUGUGUGGAAGAAAAUCAGAUCUGAACAAAUGACUAUGGAUGGACACACGGGAAUUAAAGGUAAAUUCUAACACUUUACAUAGCUACAAACAAUCUCAUUGCUGAAGGUAUUGAUUUGAAUUUGGUGGACUUUUAUGCAUAGUUAGAUUAUCAUUCGACACCUACCUUUGUGAAACAUUAAUAUUCCAAAACAUGAAUUUUCCCUUCAUUGCAUCUGAAGCUGUUUAUCACCUCAUUCAAGUACAAAAAUUGUUUCUAAUAUGAAUAUUUCAGGAAAAAGGCAACAAUUCUAUUAUUCAUGACAUGCUUAGAUUUCUAGUUGAAAAAAAAUCAAAAUUACCUCUCAAAAAUGCUUUGCACAAACAAAGACUUGCACUGCAAUAAUGCCUCAAAAUAUAUCCUGCUAACGACUAACCAUAGCUGGAAUAAUUUUAAAAACAUUAAAUCAAUACUAAAAUUCAUAAUGCAUUCUAUUAAUUUUCUCCAAUUACAAUAGUCUGAUCUUUUUCUCCCCUGGGAGCAUGCCCUACCAGUAUUUUAAAGCAUGAAGAUUUUAAAAGAAUAAAAGGAUAAAGUAUUCUAUUGAUUCAUGUAUUUAUCCAAAUAUAUCUUUGAUGUGUUUUAUACAAGUAUAUAUUUCACUUUUAUAGUUCAGAACAGAAUGUAAUCAUCCUACUACUAAACAGGUUUGUUAUUUUAAAAUAUAUAUAAAAUCAAUUAUAAAAUAUUCAAAUUGAUCAUUUCUUGCUUUAAAAAAAAGUUGAAACUCUUGCCACGAUUUCAAAUUUACAUAACCAUACAUUAAAAUAAAGGUCUUAUUGUUCACCCUGGUAUGUCAUUUUCACCUCCAUUUUCAUUAUGAAAGGUGAUUCAGUAAAAUUUAUUGCAAAGAAAAUAAGAUUAAACAUGAAGAUGGUGUAAAUUAAUACAAAUUCACAUUAUCUUCACUUUUAAAAAGAUGUCUUUUCCUUCUGUCUUCCUCCAUAAGCAGAAGGACAUUUCGUCUGUCUAGAUUUUGCUAACAUUUUUGCAGCCAAAGGCUAUGCUCUUUAAUAAGCUUGCUAUUUAACUAUGAAAACAAGGAAUAUGAUACAUAGAAAAGUUCCUCUCCUACCCCAGAGAUUAAUGGGUCAGCUUUACUGAUGCAUCCCCCUCUUCUAUUCAUCAAUAUUAAGAGCGCCUGAUUAGCACAUGUUUGAGCUGACUGCUCCUAAUAAUUUCUCUCAUGUACGUUAAAUGCUUUUUUGGCUGAAUAUUUGUUUAUAUGUAUUCGAGCAUCAAGCUCCUAAACACAAAAUUACUUGUGUAUGUGAAUAAGUGUAAACUCACAAUCCCUAUACGAUUGAAUGCCUGAGCUUUAAAAACAUUAACAUAAAUCAUCUAAGCAUGAGAUUAAUAAUUUUUCAUUUACUAAUUGCAGAUCCAAGGAUAUUCAGCAAUUGUUAAAAGGAAUGAAUGGACCAAAUAAUCUUCCACUUUCCAAUUUCAAGAAGAAACAUUUGUGAAGAAACAUUGUAUAUGCAAUUCAACUAUCAUUACGUUCAGAAAGGCCCCACAUGAUUGGGUAUUAAAUUUUCUCACUUACCUUGUACAUGGAAUCUUACAAAUAGGAAAUUAAUUUAUUUUCUGUAACUGAUAAAUUUCCAGUCAUUCUAAGCCUAAUUAAUUUGGCUUCCAUUCCAUUUCCAAACAGUUUAAACAUUUUAUACACAACAAAACCCCUAUUUCCAAAUCCUUAAAAUUCUUGCUGAAACCUCUUUGGAAAUCAACAAUUUACCAUUUUGGCCUGAAAAGUCAACGCGUAAAUAUUGAUGUAAUCUUUCGAGCAGAUACCUUAACCAUGGAAUCUUACACAGGAGCAUUAUUGCCAUUUAUUUGUAACAGCACAUCUUUUGAACGAAAUGGAUCAUAUUUAUGUAAUGAAAGCAUGCCUUCUAGCUUGGCUGAUGAAUCAGAAGAACACCAACAAUACAUUAUUGGGCUUUUCUUAUCAUGCCUUUACACUAUUUUUCUUUUCCCUAUUGGCUUUGUAGGAAACAUUCUGAUUUUAGUUGUGAACAUAAGUUUUCGUGAAAAGAUGACUAUCCCUGACCUGUACUUCAUAAAUCUUGCAGUAGCUGAUCUGAUUUUAGUUGCUGACUCCCUCAUUGAGGUUUUUAAUCUUGAUGAAAAGUACUAUGAUAUCACUAUUAUUUGUACUUCCAUGUCUCUGUUUCUUCAGAUCAACAUGUAUAGCAGCAUUUUCUUUUUGACAUGGAUGAGUUUUGACAGAUAUAUAGCACUUGCAAAAGUAAUGAGGUCCAACAUAUUUCGCACUAUGCAACAUGCUAGAUUAAGCUGUGGCCUCAUAUGGAUGGCAUCUAUCUCUGCAACACUAGUGCCAUUUACAGCUGUACAUUUGCAGCACACUGGAGAGAUCUACUUUUGUUUCGCAGAUGUAGAAGAAAUCCAGUGGUUAGAAAUAACUUUGGGGUUUAUAAUCCCCUUUGUAAUCAUCGGCCUUUGUUACUCAUUAAUUGCUCGAGUUCUUGUAACAGCACACAAACACAGGAGUCUUCGACUACGGCGCCAGAAGGCUCUUCGAAUGAUAUUUGUAGUUGUCCUGGUUUUUUUUAUCUGCUGGCUACCUGAAAAUGUCUUCAUUAGUGUUCAGCUUCUUCAAGAGAAAGGAAAGACAAUCUCUUCAGGCAACCCAUCUUUUCGGCAUGAUUAUCCCCUAACUGGACAUAUUGUAAACCUAGCAGCCUUUUCUAACAGCUGUUUGAACCCUCUGAUUUACAGUUUUCUAGGUGAAACUUUUAGACACAAAUUACGAUUGUAUGUUGAACAAAAAACUAAAAUGUCAACAUUCAAUCGUUUUUGUCAUGCUGCCCUAAAGUCAGUUAUUCCUGACAGUAAUGAGCAAUCAGAAGUUUAAUUUAGUAGUGCUAUAUAAAAACAACUGAAAAUUGCACAAAUAUAAACUAUAAUGCUUGUGACUAACAGUAAAAUAUAUGUAUAUACAAUGCCUUGCUGAGUAUUGAAGGUUUAUUCUCUAAAUAUUUUUAUGACAAGAUUUCAAUGGGGAACAAUACAUUUUAGUUAGAUUUGUAUUUAAUUAUCAACAGACUAAUUAAAAGCUGACUAAUAAGGAGCCUUUAGUUUUGCAUGAUUUAUCAGAAAAUAUUAUUGAGCUAGGAAGAAACAAGAUAACUCAAUUAUCAGAGAAUAGCUACUUUGCUAUAUGUAAUAUGCUAGAUGUUUCCACUUAAAUAAUGAAGUUGCCACAACAGUGAGAAAACCCAUUACAACACAUUGAUGUGGAGAUACAGAAAAAAAUUACUGAUUUUCCAUCUAAAUAUAGCCAUCUGACAACUUUGUGAAAAACUAUUGUGCUGUGCACAGUGCUGCAUAUGCUUUCUGUUCUAACACAUUUGAGUCAUUGAUUUUUUGUUUCUCUUAAUGUAAUAUACUAGCAUGCAGAUUCUUUCCUAGUUUAUAAUGUUUACUUCAAGUCUGAAGUCACACAGUCACCUCCUUCCGUACAUUACCUUAUCUCAGAGAACCCAUCAAAAGCAAAUUUUGCUGCUUCAUUUUAUUUUUAAAUGUUGUCCAAAGGAAAAUCAGGGUAUUUUGUCACAAGUGCAAAUGUCACAUUGAAGUGCCCUAAACUACUGCUAUCUUCAUAUUAAUAUUUGUGUGUGUAUGUAUACACACAAACACAUUUACAUCAGUCACCACAUUUAAAUGAAAAUUGAGACUUGUUAAUAUUGUAACAAUAACUGUCUUGGCUGUAAAAAUGGAAUGUUGUUUUUAAAAAAUACUUGCCUACUGCAAAAAGUGACAGUGUAAGAAGCUCUAAUUAAAAUGUAUUUUUUGGCAUCACAACUUCUAUAAUUGAGAAAAUGAUUAGCCAUCAGGGUUUUUUCCUCUCAAAUCCACUGGACUUCCAGGAUCUUAGAUGCCUGCUGGCUUUUUUAUGGAUUUUCUCCUUUUCAGAAAAGUCAGAUCAAGAAGUAAAAGCAAAAACAUCUUAGCAUUACACAGUGGAAUGGGGGAGGAGGAAUUUUCCAAAUUCUGCCUGCCUUGAAACCAAUAACUGAGCCUUGAUCUCAGAUGCCCUGGCAUAUAGCAUGUAAUACAUUAAGGCAAGGCCUUCACAGAAGGUGAAAAAAGAUCACAUUAGGAGCACUUAAAAAAAAAACCAACACAGAAACACUGAAAUAUUACUUAUGUCACUGAAUUGCACAGAACAGGACACAGACAUAUAAUCUCAUCUCUAUAUUCAAGUAGUUACGCAUGCAAAUCUCUCCAAACUGAGAUAAGACCCCUUUAUUCCCACUUUACAUGUAUUCUACAUGGGCAUGAGUAUGACACAUGAACAAGGGUUUUUUUUAAAUAUUUUUUAAGAAUAUUUCACAUGCAAUUACAUUUCUGCUGAAAUACUUGAAAAGUUUCUUAAUGGAAGCUAUAACCACAAAAGACUUGAUCUCUAGGUGCAUAGGUACCACUGGGUGAUGGGAGGAUUAACACCACAUUUAGCUAUACAGAUAUUCCUCAAAUUGACGUACAAGAAACGUGUAUGUUGGUGUUUCUUAUACCUGUUUGUUCUUUGGUUUUAUUUGCAUAUUUUCAUUAUCCAGAGCAUCUGAGGAACAAUUUCACUUUUGCACAUCUUUCCCGUGGGAGUGUGAAUUCAUCUCCCAGGGAGGGUGUCUGGUAUCGUGUCUUCUACAUGUAGAAUGAGUUGCUACACAACACUUAGCAACAAAUCUCCUAUAUUCCUACUAUCUAACAUGUGGUGUUUUGUUCUUUCCCCACCCGCUUGCAUCUCUGCAAUUAACCAACGUUAUUCACCAGCUAUUUAUUGUCCCUGUAUAUUAACUUCAUCCUGGAAAGAAUGGCAUUUUAACUGGCAUAGACUUGAAGGAAUGGAUUCUUCCCUCAGGUAAGCACUGCAGAUAAGUCAGUCACCACGCAUGCAUGUACAAAAAUCCUGGAGUGUCCCUCUCAAGCAUCAAAAUUACUCAAAAUAUCUUACAUGUGCUUAAAAAAACCGAACACACACUCAAAACAAUACCAUGUAUAACGGUGGGUCUGGGGGCACUACUGUGAGGGUCAAAUCAGGGCAAACUGCUUAGAACCAGAACUACUUAUAGUUCAAGAUUGGGGUCCUUCUCUACAAGGCAUCAAAUCAAUCACACAGAGUACUUCAGCUGCCACUCUGGCCAGCAAGAAGUCUCAUAAGCAAUCCCCUUAGAUAACCCAGCUUUACCUGUACCACAACCAGCCACCACUCCUUACACAAAAACCAAUCUCACCAACUACGAACAGGUUCUCCCGUCCCAAAAGACUACUCAUAGUUCCAGGUCAAUUUACUGCUGUAUCUAUCCUUUAGCAUCUAAAAUCUAAAGGUUUAUUAAUAAAAAGAGAGAGAAGGGCGAGAGUAAAAUUAUUCAAGAAAGCACAUU